AUGAGGGCCCACCCCACCCAAGAGCGCUUAUGUCAUAUGGGAACUCUCGGCUGGAAACAAUCCUUAUGGUUUUUAUAUCCCGUUAGAAUAAUAAGAAAGAAUCAAAGUCCAGGUUGGUUGGUGAGCCUAGUGAUAGGAGACUAUCUAGCUUGGUUCGGAGAGCACUUGUUGGGUUUCAGAUUCAUUUUUUGCUAA